GAAUCCUUGAAGUGUAAUUUUGUCUUGAUGCAGGACUUUCGUCUUUAGCUGCUGGCGGGGAGGCUGUGCUUUACAAAUAAAGAAGUGAGCCCAUUGUCUAGAGGUGCAACCUCCUUCCCCCCAAAGAAAACACAAGUUUGUGAACUGAGGAUGCUAAAUUAUUUUGAUAUAACAAACGGAUGUCCCCAUUACCCCCUCUGCCUCAGUGUAUUCUCAGCAAUGUAGACUACCACUGACUAACAAGAUUCUCAGCUGAUUCAGACAGUGACACCUCUUCGCUGACGGAGGAAUACAAGACUUAUUCACUUGAAGUGAUAUUCUCUAGGUCCAGCCAAGCUGUCACAAAUGAGUUCUGUUUUGGUUGCUGUAUAGAGAACACUGAACUUCGAAAAUAAAAUGUUAGAAACGAUAGACAAAAACCGGGCCCUGCAGGCAGCAGAGCGCUUGCAAGCCAAGUUGCGAGAGCGUGGGGAUGUGGCAAACGAAGACAAGCUGAACCUUCUGAAGUCGGUCUUGCAAAGCCCACUCUUCAGUCAGAUUCUGAACCUCCAGACCUCUGUACAGCAGCUGAAAGACCAGGUAAACAUUGCAACUUCAGCAAUUUCAAAUGUAGAAUGUGCCCAUAUUCCACAUCUCAGCCCGGCUGUCAUUAGUACUCUGCAAAAUGAAUCAUUGUUAUCGUCCCAAAACAAUGGGAAUCUGGAAGUACUUACAGCUGCAGGUACUCCACACAUCAAUGGGAAAACUGCUUGUGAUGAAUUUGAUCAACUGAUCAAAAAUAUGGCCCAGGGUCGCCAUGUAGAAGUCUUUGAGCUCCUCAAACCUCCCUGUGGAGGCCUCGGGUUCAGUGUUGUGGGACUGAGGAGUGACAACCGGGGAGAACUGGGAAUAUUUGUGCAGGAGAUCCAAGAGGGCAGUGUGGCUCACAGAGAUGGAAGAUUGAAGGAAACUGACCAAAUCCUUGCCAUCAAUGGACAGGCACUUGAUCAGACGAUCACACAUCAGCAGGCCAUCAGCAUCCUGCAGAAAGCCAAGGACACUGUGCAGCUCAUUAUUGCCAGAGGCUCGUUGCCUCAGCUCAUCAGUCCCAUGGUUUCCCGCUCCCCAUCCGCAGCCAGCACAAUUUCCGCUCACUCUAAUCCGGUUCACUGGCAGCAUGUGGAAACUAUUGAAUUGGUGAAUGAUGGAUCUGGUCUGGGAUUUGGCAUUGUCGGAGGAAAAGCAACUGGUGUAAUAGUAAAAACCAUUCUGCCGGGAGGAGUGGCUGAUCAACAUGGGCGAUUGUGCAGUGGAGACCACAUUCUAAAGAUCGGUGACACAGAUCUAGCAGGGAUGAGCAGUGAGCAAGUAGCACAAGUCCUCAGGCAGUGUGGAAACAGAGUUAAACUGAUGAUUGCAAGAGGUGCCCUAGAAGAACCGGCAGCACCCACCUCUCUGGGCAUCACCGUGUCCUCAUCCCCAUCCUCUACACCAGAGAUGCGGGUUGAUGCUUCCACUCAGAAAAGUGAAGACAGUGAGACAUUUGAUGUGGAACUCACUAAAAAUGUCCAGGGAUUGGGAAUUACCAUUGCUGGUUACAUUGGAGAUAAAAAACUAGAACCUUCAGGAAUCUUUGUAAAGAGCAUUACGAAGAGCAGCGCUGUGGAACAUGAUGGCAGAAUCCAAAUUGGAGACCAAAUUAUAGCAGUAGAUGGUACAAACCUUCAGGGUUUUACCAACCAACAAGCAGUAGAGGUGCUGAGACACACAGGACAGACUGUGCACCUGACACUGAUGAGGAGAGGAACGAAACAGGAAGCUGAGCUCCCGGCAAGGGAGGACGUCACAAAAGAUGUGGUUUUAUCUCCUGCUGAUGCCAGCAUAAGCAAAGAAAAUUAUGAAAAAGAUGAAGAUUCUUUAUGUUUGAGGAGAAACACCAGCAUAUUACCCAUUGAGGAAGAAGGGUAUCCCUUGCUGUUGGCUGAAAUAGAAGAAAUGGAAGAUGCACAGCAACGGGAAGCUGCCCUGCUGAAAAAGUGGCAAAGGAUUAUGGGAAUUAAUUAUGAAAUAGCGGUGGCCCAUGUGAGCAAGUUCAGUGAGAGCAGUGGUUUGGGGAUAAGUCUGGAAGCAACAGUGGGACAUCAUUUUAUCCGAUCUGUUCUACCGGAAGGUCCUGUUGGACACAGUGGGAAGCUUUUCAGUGGAGAUGAGCUAUUGGAGGUGAAUGGCAUAACAUUGCUUGGGGAAAAUCACCAAGAUGUGGUGAACAUUUUAAAAGAGUUGCCUAUAGAAGUGACCAUGGUGUGCUGUCGUCGCACUGUGCCACCCACCACCCAGUCAGAAUUGGAUGGCCUGGACCUAUGUGACAUUGAACUAACAGAAAAGCCUCAUGUAGAUCUUGGCGAGUUCAUCGGGUCUUCUGAGACCGAGGAGCCUGCGCUGGAGAUGCCCGAUGUGGGUCGGGAUCCAGGGAAGGUUCACGGACCUUUGGCCAUGUGGGAGGCGGACGUUCAGCACAUUGAGCUGGAGAAAGGCAGCAAAGGACUUGGCUUUAGCAUUUUAGAUUAUCAGGACCCUGUGGAUCCAGCCAGCACUGUGAUCGUAAUUCGUUCUUUGGUUCCUGGUGGUGUUGCUGAAAAGGAUGGACGCCUUCUUCCUGGGGAUCGCCUCAUGUUUGUCAAUGACGUGAACCUGGAGAGCAGCAGUCUCGAGGAAGCUGUGCAGGCCCUGAAGGGGGCCCCGUCAGGCACGGUGAAAAUAGGAGUUGCCAAGCCUUUACCCCUUUCGCCAGAAGAAGGUUAUGUUUCUGCCAAGGAGGAUUCCUUCCUCUACCCCCCACACUCCUUCCAGGAGGAAGGGCUGGCUGACAAAGCCCUCUUCAGGGCUGACUUGGCUCUGGUGGACACAAACGAUGCUGACUUAGCCGAUGAAUCUGCAUUUGAGUCUCACUACUCUCCCGAUGACAGUAUCUACUCUACUCCAGCCUCUAUUUUAUCUCUUCACAGCAGUGCUUGUAGUGAUCGCCUGAACUAUGGUCCCUCCCUUCCACCUUCUCCUCCCAAGGAUGUUACUGACAGUUCUUCGGAUCCAAUACUUGAUCUGCAAGUGCCUUUGGAAGAACUCUACACCCAGAACCUCCUGCAAAGACAGGAUGACAGCCCAUCUUCCGUAGACUUGAGCACGGGACCUGCUUCUGGGUUUAUUGUAAAUGAUUAUACACCUGAACAACAAUAUGGAUGUGAAAACACAGGCAUGUGGGCUGAGUCUCACCUACCCAGGGAAGUUAUAUCAAGUGCAGAGCUUACUUCUCUGCUGCCUGAUUCAACGGGAAAGGGCUCUGAGUUCUUAAAUCAACAGAGCUCCCUGGCCUCUGCUGCCGAGCAUAUCAUGCUGCAGAAUAUAUCCAGAGAAUUUUUUGAGAAGACUAUUACCAUAGCAAAAGGCAAUUCUAGCCUAGGGAUGACAGUAAGCGCUAACAAAGAUGGCUUGGGUGUGAUUGUCCGAAGCAUUAUUCAUGGAGGUGCCAUUAGUCGAGAUGGCCGGAUUGCCGUUGGGGACUGCAUCUUGUCUAUUAAUGAAGAAUCUACUAUCAGUUUAACCAACGCCCAGGCACGAGCCAUGUUGAGAAGGCAUUCCCUCAUUGGGCCUGACAUUAAAAUUACUUACGUGCCUGCAGAACAUUUGGAAGAGUUUAGAAGAAGCUUGGGACAACAAUCUGGAGGGAUAAUGGCACUGGAUAUUUUUUCUCCAUACACUGGCAGAGACAUUCCAGAAUUACCAGAGCGAGAAGAAGGAGAGGGAGAAGAAAGUGAACUUCAAAAUGCAGCGUACAGCAAUUGGAAUCAGCCCAGGCGGGUUGAACUUUGGAGAGAACCGAGCAAGUCCUUGGGCAUCAGCAUUGUUGGUGGACGAGGGAUGGGGAGUCGACUAAGCAACGGUGAAGUGAUGAGGGGCAUUUUCAUCAAACAUGUUCUUGAAGAUAGUCCAGCUGGCAAAAAUGGAACCUUGAAACCUGGAGAUAGAAUAGUCGAGGUGGAUGGGCUGGACCUCAGAGAUGCAAGCCAUGAGCAAGCUGUGGAAGCCAUUCGGAAAGCAGGCAACCCUGUAGUCUUUAUGGUACAGAGCAUUAUAAACAGACCAAGGAAAUCCCCCUUGCCUUCCUUGACGCACAGCCUUUACCCUCAGUACAACUUCAGCAGCACUAACCCAUUUGCUGAUUCUCUGCAGUUCAUCGCUGACAAGGAAUUGCAGAAUUCAAGUAGAGUUGUCUUCCAUUGUUCCCCAACUAACCCUUUUGCUCCCACACCAUUUAAGGCACCCAGUCAGUCAGAACCAGAGCCAGAGAAGGCUCCAUUGUGCAAUGUGCCUCUACCCCCUCCUUCAGCAUUUGCAGAAAUGAGCGGUGAUCAUGCCCAGUCAUCUGCAAGCAGGGUCUCAGAAGAAGGGGACAAAGAGGAUGAGUUUGGUUACAGCUGGAAAAAUAUCAGAGAACGUUAUGGGACUCUGGCCGGCGAGCUGCAUAUGAUUGAACUGGAGAAAGGUCGAAGUGGUUUGGGUCUAAGUCUUGCUGGGAACAAAGAUCGAUCCAGGAUGAGUGUCUUUAUAGUCGGGAUUGAUCCCAAUGGAGCAGCUGGGAAAGAUGGUCGGUUACAAAUUGCAGAUGAGCUUCUAGAGAUCAAUGGGCAAAUUUUAUAUGGAAGAAGUCAUCAGAAUGCUUCCUCAAUCAUUAAAUGUGCCCCUUCUAAAGUGAAAAUAAUUUUCAUCAGGAAUAGAGAUGCAGUGAGUCAGAUGGCUGUGUGUCCUGGAAAUACAGUGGAAUCUUUGCCUUCUACCUCAGAGAACCUUCAAAAUAAGGAGGCUGAACCAAGUGUUGCCACUUCCGAUGCAGCUGUGGACUUCAGUUCAUUUACAAACGUGCAACAUCUGGAGCUUCCCAAGGAUCAAGGGGGCUUGGGCAUUGCUAUCAGUGAAGAAGACACACUCAGAGGAGUCAUCAUAAAGAGUCUGACAGAGCACGGGGUUGCGGCCAAGGAUGGGCGUCUCAAAGUUGGAGAUCAGAUCUUGGCUAUUGAUGAUGAAGUUGUUAUUGGCUAUCCUGUUGAAAAGUUUAUCAGCCUUUUGAAAUCAGCAAAGACAACAGUGAAACUUACCAUUCGGGCCGAGAAUCCAGAUUCCCAGGCUGUUGCUUCAGCAGCUGGUACAUCCAAUGGUGAAAAAAAGAACAGUUCCCAGGCUCCGAUGGUCCCACCACCUGGCUCCCCGGAACCGGAGCCCGUCCGAAGUACAAGCAGGUCGUCAACACCAGCAGUUUUUGCUUCUGAUCCUACAACCUGCCCCAUUAUCCCGGGCUGCGAAACAACAAUUGAGAUUUCCAAAGGGCGGACAGGGCUGGGCCUGAGCAUCGUCGGGGGCGCCGAUACCCUGCUGGGUGCCAUUAUUAUCCAUGAAGUGUAUGAGGAAGGAGCAGCAUGUAAAGAUGGAAGACUAUGGGCUGGAGAUCAGAUUUUAGAGGUGAAUGGCAUUGACUUGAGAAAGGCCACUCAUGAUGAAGCAAUAAAUGUCCUGAGACAGACGCCACAAAGAGUGCGCCUGACACUCUACAGAGAUGAGGCCCCAUACAAAGAGGAGGACGUGUGUGACACCCUCACCAUUGAGCUGCAGAAGAAGCCGGGGAAAGGCCUGGGAUUAAGUAUUGUUGGUAAAAGAAAUGACACUGGCGUCUUUGUAUCAGACAUUGUCAAAGGAGGAAUUGCAGAUGCUGAUGGAAGACUGAUGCAGGGAGACCAGAUACUGAUGGUGAACGGAGAAGAUGUCCGUAAUGCCACACAGGAAGCUGUUGCCGCUUUGCUAAAGUGUUCCCUAGGCACAGUGACCUUGGAAGUGGGAAGAAUCAAAGCUGGACCAUUCCAUUCAGAGAGGAGGCCCUCCCAGAGCAGCCAGAUGAGCGAAUGCAGCCUGUCGUCCUUCACGUUCCCGCUGUCUGGGUCCAGUGCCUCCGAGUCGCUGGAAAGCAGCUCAAAGAAGAACGCAUUGGCAUCAGAAAUACAGGGAUUAAGAACAGUUGAAAUAAAAAAGGGGCCUACUGAUUCACUGGGAAUCAGCAUUGCUGGAGGAGUGGGCAGCCCACUUGGUGACGUUCCUAUAUUUAUUGCAAUGAUGCACCCGAAUGGGGUGGCAGCUCAGACCCAGAAACUCAGAGUUGGGGAUAGGAUUGUCACUAUUGGUGGCACUUCCACUGAGGGGAUGACUCACACCCAAGCAGUUAACUUACUGAAAAGUGCUUCUGGCUCCAUCGAAAUGCAGGUGGUAGCUGGGGGAGAUGUGAGUGUGGUCACAGGGCACCAGCAGGAGCCUGCCAGUUCCAGUCUUCCUUUGACUGGGUUGACGUCAAGCAGUAUAUUUCAGGAUGACCUAGGACCUCCUCAGUGUAAGUCUAUUACACUGGACCGAGGACCAGAUGGCUUGGGCUUCAGUAUAGUAGGAGGGUAUGGCAGCCCUCACGGAGACUUACCCAUUUACGUUAAAACAGUAUUUGCGAAGGGAGCAGCCUCCGAGGAUGGGCGUCUGAAAAGGGGCGAUCAGAUCAUCGCCGUCAAUGGGCAGAGUCUGGAAGGGGUGACCCACGAAGAAGCCGUGGCCAUCCUGAAGCGGACGAAAGGCACGGUCACCCUGACGGUUCUCUCCUGAAGCGGCCGCCAGAGUCGAGCCAACGCAACCCCUCGCUCCCAUCCCACCCUGCGGGGAGAACAGAACUGGCCCUGCGGGUGCCUCUCCCAGGCUGUGUUCCCCGUGCUCUUCGAGGCUGUAGGGGAGCCACCGUUCACAUGUGUCACUCUCACGUGCCACUGGUUUUCUCACUGACAGCCUACUGGCCUCAUGCUUCCCCCCUCCUUACCUAUGGUGAGCGUAAACUCAAAGGUAGGGCUGUUGGCAUAGUGAAAUCGCUCUCUCUUCCUGAAGACACCUGGCAUUUUAUAGUGACACGGGCAAGAAUUAUUACCUGCUAAACUGGUUAGUAGAGGAAGAAAAAAUAAUAAUUCUAAAGCUAACCAUGAGAAAUGGCUUUAGUCAGGGUGAAAAUAUAAAAUAAAGAAGGAAAUGUCAAGUUUUAUGAAAAA